UUGAUGAUGGUGGUGGUUGUUGAUGGUGGUGGUGGUGAUGAUGUAUGGUGGUUGUUGAUGGUGGUUGUUGAUGGUGGUGGUGGUUGUUGAUGAUGGUGGUGGUUGUUGAUGGUGGUGGUGGUGGUGAUGUAUGGUGGUUGUUGAUGGUGGUGGUGAUGGAUGGUGGUUGUUGUUGAUUGUGGUGGUUGUUGAUGGUGGUGGUGAUGAUGUAUGGUGGUUGUUGAUGGUGGUGGUUGUUGUUGAUGGUGGUGGUGGUGAUGAUGGAUGGUGGUUGUUGAUGGUGGUGGUUGUUGAUGGUGGUGGUUGUUGAUGGUGGUGGUUGUUGAUGGUGAUGGUGGUGGUGGUUGAUUGAUGAUGAUGGUGGUGGUUGAUUGAUGAUGAUGGUGGUGGUGGUGGGUGAUGGUGGUGGUUGAUUGAUGAUGAUGGUGUUGGUUGAUUGAUGAUGAUGGUGGUGGUGGUUGAUUGAUUGAUGGGUGAUGGUGGUGGUUGUUGAUUGAUGAUGAUGGUGGUGGUUGAUGGUGGUGCCGGUUGAUGGUGGUGGUGGUUGAUGGUGGUGGUGUUUGAUGGUGGUGGUGGUUGAUGGUGGUGGUGGUUGAUGGUGGUGGUGGUUGUUGAUUGAUGAUGGUGGUGGUUGAUUGAUGAUGGUGGUGGUGGUGGGUGAUAGUGUUGGUUGAUUGAUGAUGAUGGUGGUGGUGGUUGAUUGAUGAUGAUGGUGGUGGUGGUUGAUUGAUGGUGGGUGAUGGUGGUUGUUGAUUGAUGAUGGUGGUGGUUGUUGAUUGAUGAUGAUGGUGGUGGUUGAUGGUGGUGGUGGUGGAUGGUGGUGGUGGUUGAUGGUGGUGGUGCCGGUUGAUGGUGGUGGUGGUUAAUGGUGGUGGUGGUUGAUGGUGGUGGUGGCCACCCACCCCCUCGUGCGCCGUGUCGGCCUUCAUCGGUGGCUACUCGCUAGCGACACUUGCCCCUGCAGUGUCAGCUCUGCCUGCAUGGUGGGGGAUCUUUGUCACCGAUCUAAAUCAUCACGCUGCCAUCAAUCUCUCUCACUCAUCCCAUGGCACCCUGGUUCUGCCACGUGAUCCCUUACUUGGCCUCUACGUGCACCUAGCCUGGCACAAGCGCCGUGCUGGCGGUAAUGUAAAUCAUUAGGCUGCCAUAAAUCUCACUCAUCCCAUGGCACCUGGGUCUGCCACGUGAUCCCUUACUUGGCCUCUACGUGCACCUAGCCUGGCACAAGCACCGUGCUGGCGGUAAUGUAAAUCAUUAGGCUGCCAUAAAUCUCUCUCACUCAUCCCAUGGCACCCUGGGUCUGCCACGUGAUCCCUUACUUGGCCUCAAGGUGCACCUAGCCUGGCACAAGCGCCGUGCUGGCGGUAGUACUGUAAAUACAGGUAGUCCCCGAGCUACGAUGGGGUCCGACUUACGAUAUUUCGAUCUUACGAUGGCGAUAGCGAUACGACAAAAUUGCCAUCAACAACCUUAACAUCGUUCAAGUAUGCAAACGAAGGACAGAAUCUUGGAGUGGACAACAGUGAUAUGGAGAAGGUCGAGCAAGAGGUGGAGCAGGAGAUGGACGGUGGGAUCAUAGAGGAGUUGGAACGUGCUGUGGAUGGUGGCACAACGGACGAGGUCGGGAAUGAGACCGUGGAGGAGAUUGAGUGGAAAAAGGAGGUGGACAUCGGGGCAACGAAGGAGGUGGAGUUGAAGGAGAUGUGCCAUUGGACCGAGGAGGAGGUGGAGCAGCAGGUGGAGGAGAUGGUGAUGAAAGAGAUGGAGAUUAGAACUGUGGAGGAGAUGAAGCACAUUGACAAUCAGACUGUGGAGGAGGAGGAGGUGGAGCAGGAGCGAAAGGAGGUGGACUUUGGCAAUGUGGAGGUGGUGGAGCAGUUGAAAGGGGUGGACGGCCGGGCCGUGGAGGAGGUGGAAAUGGAGGUGGAGCAGGACAUGGACCACGGACAUGUGGAGUUGAUGAAAGAGAUGGACGUUAGGGCUGUGGAGGAGGUGAAACAGAGGGUGGAACAUGGAGGGGUGGAGAAGGUGAUGAAGGAGGUACGCAAUGGAUCUCUGGAGCAGGUGGAGCAGGAGGUCAAAUAUGUAAACCCGAAGGAGGUGAUGAAGGAGGUGGAAAACAAGGAUGAGAUGGUGCAGGAGGUGGACCGUGGGGCGGUGGAGGAGGUGGUGAGGUUGGAGUUAAAUCAGGUGGAUGAUGUGGGUCAUGCAUGUUUGGAUGUGGUUGAUCAAACACCAAUGCAGGUGGAUCACAGGGCCAAGGAGGUGGCAGCGGUGGAGCACAUCCUCAUCAGCCAAGCACCCUCUGAAGACGGUUGCAGGGCAGAACAUUUGAGCAGCGCAGACAAAAAUGUGUUUCCAGGUCCCGUCACGACAGACUCCGAAACGGCGGAAAGCCGCCAGAGCACCGUGGCUCCCUGCAAACAGCACGGCAAGAACGUCGACGUCUGGACCGUGAAAUGUGAGGGUGCCUCAGGUCAAGGCAUCGCGAACGUGGAGGUCCACGGCGGUCGGUGUUGGUACGUGUGCGCAGAGGUGGACUGCGGCACAAGGUUCAGGAAGAGUCGAGACGCCCAACUGCAUGAGCAGGUGCACCGCCUGUGUGCCCCCGUCUGCAACGUCGAUGUCUGGGACAUGUUCGACACCGGUGGAGGGGGCAAGGGGGAGAUGGGCCAGCCUUGCUGUGCAAGUUCAAAAAAAUCGCACGGAAAAACGAUCGCCGCCCAGGAGCCCAAGGUGGGACAGGAGGGAGGUCAGCCGAAGUUUGUGUGCGACGUCAGUGGCUGCAAUCGCUCCUACAUCUGGCUGAGCAGCCUGAAGAGGCACGUGAGCGUCUCCCAUGGAGUCUGCGACGAAGCUGCGACGGAGGAACGUGACCUCGUGAAGCCCGCGGAAGGAGGCAACGCCGUUGAGGAAGCCGAGACGGCCGUACCAAGGCAGUCGUCAUCAGAGGUGCAGAUUCCAAAACAAAAGGAGGAGAGUGUACGGGCUGACUGUACCCAUAACAAGCGUGCCAAGUGGCCUGCGAUAUACAAAAACGACAAGUAUGUCUGCUGCAAGUGUUACAAGACGUUCAACAGCCCGCAACAACUGGGCGGCCACCUGUCUGCCAGGAAAAAUUGCGUACCUCACCCACUGUGGAUGAGCGAUGGUGGUGAGCAGAAACAAUCAAUUAACGUUUUUGAUGGUAGCGUGGACAAAGGCAUGGAGGUGGGAGGAGAUGCCCCAUGUGAGUUGGGGCUUUCGGGCGUUGUCAAUGAUAAAGAUGUAACUUCUGAAGAUGUUACUCGGUCAAAAAUAGACUGCAUUGCUCAAAAGUUGUCAGCACCUGAGUUGGAUAUGUUGGGAAAUGAGCUCCAGAGGAGAGUUCAGCAGUGGCCACACGUAACCGACAAACCUUGUCGCAGUGGCUGCAUUUCCCCUUCCAAUAAAGGGUGCACGUUGAUGCCUUGCGGACAAGGUACACAAAGGGAACGGCAAGAAACUAAAUCAAAUCUGGUUGCGGGGAGGCAGGGUUCCCCACUCAGAUUGAGCUCCGCCGACAGUGAAGUUUGCGAUGGAACGAUUUCCAUAACUAAUGUUUGCAGCCUCUCUCUGAGUGCCGAGGCGGAACACAUCCAGUCUGAAGGGAGCUGCCCUUCAACGUCUUCUAACACGCCACGAGACUUUUGGAAAACGUAUGAAAGCAACUCACGGAUGUCUCGCGAGCAGGCCCUAGUAGCAAGAGGAGAGACCAGUGUAAGUGCACCCACCGCUUUUAUAUGUCCCCCUCCAAACCUUUUGAGCAUCUCUCAAGGACCAGCCGAACACAACAAGACCGCCUUCAUGGACCCUCAAUUCACAACCAAGGCAAUCCGCAUGGUGAUGGGCUUCCAUUCGAUUUUGGAUGAAGAUGACGUUGACCCAGGAGUCUCCCAUUCCGUUGAAGUAAAUGUUUCUCGGAAGCAAGCUGACGCAAUGCGCUCGACGGCAUUUCCUGCAAGAGUGACGGGCAGACUUAUCCCCUGCUGCGUUGCUUCAUGCCAGUACAGAGCGGCAACACGGCGUACUCUGUCGGGCCACUACAUUAAUUGUCAUGGCUACAGCAGGGAGGAAGGCUACAGGCUUGCUGAGAACCAAUGCAUGUCCCAGCCCGUCAAGUCCUUCACCACGAACACUCCAGUGGAGUCGCAUCGCCAAACGAAUAAGCCACGUGUGGGUGGUCUCUGCGGCAGGCCUCCUAGUGACUUGGCAGCAUCCGGUGAUGAUUUUGGAGGAAAAGAUGUUGCAUCCAGCGAGAAUUGGCUCGAUCGGGUGGCCGUGCAAGGGCAGUGUGGGCAAGGCCCAGUGAGUUCAGGAGGUGAAAGUUCACACACGUUAAUUUCCCAGCAAACUGCUCAGGCCAGGCACAGGUGGCCCCGCAAGGCACACACAGAAAUGCUAUUAAAGCGACCCUAUGACCUGGCCUGCGCGUGGGAAGAUGGCAAGGCCGCAUUGGCCGGGAUGAGGAAGAAGGUGCCGAAAAAGCUCAUGUGUGGAAUUAAUGGCUGCACGCGCGUCUUCAUGUGUCCAGGGAGCCUGAAGCAGCACGUGGCUGUGUCGCACAAGGAAUACAAGCGGGCUGCGUCCCCGCAGCAGUACAUGCUCCCAGAGUCGCUGGUCAUCGAGCACAAUAAGGCCGGGGCGGACACGCUGCUCACGCUGCAGAGAGAGAAGCAGGAGACGUGGAGUCCCUGGCUGGCGCAGGAGCGUGACAGGUUGCUCAGUGGGUGCUCCCAUAACCGCUACGCCAAGUGGCCGGCAAUCUACAAAAAUGGAAAAUACGUGUGCAGCAGGUGCUACAGAGCGUUCGAUAGUCCAAAGUCUUUGGGUGGACACCUCGCUCACAAGACAAACUGCGUACCUCCCUUCACGAGCCCAUUCUCAGAGAGAGGUCACCCGCCAUGCCAAAUGCGUCCGUUGACAGCCGAGGCAGUCAGUUAUGUGGUGAACAACUCGGCCGCCAGUGAGUUCUGCAUUGUGGCUGUGGAAGGUGGCGCUAGCUUUGGUGUUGAUCUGAGAGCUCCAGACGGUUCACAAGUGGGAGGUGGUGAAAUUAUGAACUCGCAAUUGACUGCGGACUCUGGAUUACACCCGCAGGUUAUCUCAAACAGUGAGUGCAUUGACAACAGCGACUUCACCAUCACGAACGUUUGUAGUUUAUCAACCAACGCAAACCCUAUUUUCUACAGAUCUAAAGAUCCCUUGACUGAGGGCAGCAGUAACCCAGUCGGCGUGUUUCCAGGAGCGGUGGAGCGGCACAUUAUCCCCAGCUUAAACCCGCAACACAUGCCUCUCACCGGCCACAGAGUGCACACUCAACCCAGACCAGGCUUACAGGGUGAACGUUCCUCUGAGCACACCGUUGCGCCGAUCGCGAGGCGCUUCAACAACGGCAGCGGCGAAUCUGACGGGAUGCCCCCUGCUCGUGAAACGAAUUCCAAAAGUCACGUUUGCCGAGUGUCGCAUUGUAAAUUCGAGGCCCUCUCCAGGACAGCGCUGCUCUCCCACUACGCCGAGGGGCACGCGGUGGAGGAGCGCGUUGCCGAGCCGCCCACCGUGCCGUUCGGAUGCCUCUUCAAGGACUGCGACGCCAAGUUCCCCGGCCACCGCGGCCUGAGGCUUCACUACAAAAGCCGGCACAAGGUGAACGACCAGCAGCUGGAGAAGCUGUGCGUCGAAACCGCGGACGUGCGCGCUGCGUCGCCGGGCUUCUCGCCCGUCGAGUGCAGCAUCGUGGAGAUGGCGACGCCGGCGGCGGCGGCGGCGGCGGCGGGGGAGGAGGAGGGGGAUCGAGCCGCAGGCCCGGCGCUGCAGGCCUCCGGGCUGCCGCGCGCUGCGGACGAAGCGGCCGUCACGUCCCCGCUCCUGCUCAUUGUGACGGUCGAGGCGGACGAGGGCCGCUGGCCGGGGGAUGCGGCGCCGGCGCGAGGGCCCACGGGGAAAUCCGGGCGCCGUCCCCCCGUGGGCAAAGGGGCGCCAUCGACUCCUGACGCCGGCCCAAAAUGGGCGGAUCGAGGGCCGAGAGAUGCACUCUGAAUUGGACGGUUUUUUUGCAUUGAUCACCUUUGACAAACGUUUGUUGAAAGUGUUAAAAGGACAAAGUUUCGCGAGUCACGAAAUGUAAUGAAGGAUGAAUAGCUCCUGUCGAAAAUUUUUUUCAGAGACCUUUUGGAGUGUUUAAGGCCAUUUAAAAAUGUCAGAAGCAACUUUUUUCUUGUGUUCUUUUUUAAAGUAGCUUAAUUUAAAUGGUGUAAACCCCACCCGGCUCCCACCUUUGUUUUCAGUUGUUCUGCAAAGCAUGUACUACAGACACAUCGGGAGCACAAUAUUUUAUUGCUCUGAAUGGAAUGUUGGUUUUCGUGAAGUUGCCCACGAGAUUACCCACCGUCCCCGCUCACUCCCACCUUCUCUCUAUGCUUGCCGCGACCACCGCUAGUUGCGUUCAGAGGAUUUGGCUGCUAUUGUACAUUUCCACAUGAUGAUAAGCCAGUUCAGUGGGAUAUCAUUGGUGGCCAGGUCACUUCUGAAAAAGAGCUGUAUAAGCUCAAUGGGCGUUACUUGGUAAAAAAAAAAGUAAAAAAAAAUUCGAAAUAGAGAACAAAUCUGCAAUACACAAUGUUGCAAAUUUCACGUUGAAAUGCGAAAGUAGAGACUGCAACUGCAAAGCUUGUUGAGGAAGUGGAGCUGAAUGAAAAGAGAUGUGAACGCGAGGAGAUUACGUAUCCUCUGAACUCUGCAUAGUGGAGGGAAAGGCGGAUUCAAUAUAUAAGCGAACAACACAACGCUGUACAUGACCAGGGGAUCGGCAACCAAUACAACAAGAAGAGCCAUUUUUUCCGAAUUCCCAGAUGGUGGUGGGUCCUUAAUAAAUAAGGUGUCACAAGGCAGUCGUUUAAAAGAGCCGCAGGUUGUACGUGGCCGACGAACCCGUAAGCAAGGAAUGAGGGCAGCCACAGAGAGAUUGGUUUCUCCGCUUCUACGCUUCACGUGGUUAUUUAUCACCCAGCACACUCCCAAGAGGGGGACGCCUUCCGUGGUGUAACGGUCAGCACAAUUGGGCUUGCGAUCAGUGAGGUCGACGGUUCGAUUAUUUGAUUUCCCGGCGCGGCAGUUGAAACAAUGGGGGGCAGGUUUCUUAAAUCCCCCACCUCCUCCCUCCCCCCUCCCCACUACCAUAUUAAUCAGCAGUCCAGGUUGCACCUCCAAUUAACACGGUUGGCUACGUACGGUGCGAAGGAAGUUCAACAUAUGUAGUGUUAUUGAGGACACCGUAGUAGGUGAGUCGAUCGGCAGGUCAUGUAUGGUGGAGUAAGCGUAGGUACCCCCCCACUUCUUCCAAGACCCAUGCUCGCAUCGUAGAAGAGUAGGCCAAACACCCUCUCUAGAGGGCCUAUUUAGAGCUCCGUCUAGUGGCGGACCCUUCUAGCAGUCGUGUGAGCGAGUGAUUGUAGGGCUACCCGUUUUUACCUUAUCUCCAUGAAAGGUAAUAAUUAACUUUUUUUUUGCUAAACCAUGGUGUGAUGUUCAUAGAUGUUUACGUGCCUGUAACACCGAGCAACCCGAAUUGCAUUUCAUUAAUGGCCACACCCUGCCUGCGGAUGAUUCUGUUACCUGAUAUUUUUUUCCAUUUGCACAUGUGAGCCGCGCUGAGGCCAUGCCAAGCCAGGCCAAAAGCCGUGCCACCGACGUCACGCACACAAACGCUGUGACACCCGAGACGCACGCACGCAGAUAAUGUGACGCCGCGUAUCCACACAGCGUGCUCGUCGGGGGACAUCAGAACGCAACCCGCAUCGAUGGCCCUGCUCCCUGGCUCUGCUCGACUCCCCGAGAUAGAUUCAGAUUCAGAUCGGCGUCUUCGGAGGCCAGUGGAGCCAAGAAUUUUGGCCACGGCACGGACAAUUGCGGCCGGUGGACUCCGCGCGCUGCCUCGGCUGUGCCAUUUGAAAACGGGGGUGGGGGGGGGGGCAUCGGAGAAGUCGAAAUCCCACCGCGAGGUUUCGCAUUUUGCUCGAAACGAGGAAUAUUUGCUCGAAAAUAUUUUGGCGACAAGCCCCGUUGGCCGUCGGAAAUGUUAUUUUACGUUGGCGAUGAAACAGACGCUUAUAUUUCAUUAUAAUGCCCGCGGUGUGCAAGAAUGGUACAAUAAUGAAUAAACGGCAUUGUACUUUUUUUGUUCACUUGGGGCGGAACAACAAAAAAAAACGUAACUUUACACGGCCUUAGCGUGUACUCGUGUGUACGUGCGUGUGCGCGAACGAACGCACGCACGCACGCUGCUCUCGUCCGUUUCGUGGCUCGUAUUGAAUCACGGUGAAUGCUCGUUAAGACACUGCAAAGCGUAAUUGGCCCUGGGAUGCACAUUUCUUGUCAAACCCACUCACACACAGUCGGGAGACACGAUGUGUUCUGUGAACGCGGUGCGUCGUACCUUGCGUUGAUGUUGGGGGUUUUUUGUAGGCCGACUACAGCCUGCUUUGAGUUAUUCGUCAUAAGCUUCCACAACGUAUCGUUGUGGUGGCUUUUUUGAGAUAAUAAACAAAGUAACUUGGAUUUGACACCGUCCUUCAUGAAGUUUAUUGUGGUUGACAUUUUCAAUAUAU